GGUCGUGUUGUGGUUGAAGAUCGACGAGAGAAGUCGAUUACUGGCAGGUCACGCCCUAGCUUGUCCAACAUAGUCCAUUCUCGCUUUCAAACGAUGCAUCCUGCUCAACUGCAGCCAACACUUUCACCUUCCGGAGUUCAGCAACCACCCCUUCUACAGCCAGCUUCUUCGCCUGUUGUCAACCAAAUUGCACACGGACAAAAUUUAGUGGCAGCUAGCAUUUCGCAGGUGCCGCCCAGCAUUCAGUUUCAGCAACAGUCUGAUCAGCAACAUUUACAAUCGCAUCAGCAUCAAGGCAUCCACCCUAGUGUUUUCACUCAUCAACAACAAUCCUCUACUCAGAACCCGAUUACUAGCUUUUCUUCAAUCUCCCCAAGUAGUGGGCUAUUAAACUCUAUAUCUUCUCUUUCCACGUCAUCAUCGACUUCCUCUUGCGUGGAUCUUUUGGCCGGAGGUGUCUUACUCGCAAACACAGUCCAAUCUUCUGCUUCUCCUCCAGUAGCAACUGUCUUCUGUCCUAGCUCAGUUUAUCCUAUUGGUUCUGGGUUUGAGGGUGGUGGCUUAGGUAUGGGAAACCGGGGAAGGUCCUCAUUACUUACAGGACCAGACAUAAUCUCCUUACUUGACGAUGAGCCAUCAGUUCACAGCCAUCUGACCACCAGUGCUGGCCCUUCAUCUUUUGUCACUACCAGUCCUGCUGUCGGCACAUCGGAUUUGUCUACUACACUAUUUAUGCCUUCCGGCCAGCUCAUGCUUCCAUCUUCUACCACACAUAGUACAGGUGCUGCCCUCCUUUCAUCCGGAGAUGGCGUCGUGCUACCAACUGGUCAGCUUCUAGUCCGCGAACCCCUUCGCCAUAUGACCAGCUCUCAAUCCUCUCUCAGACUCUCCCCGGCUGGGCUUGUAUCCUAUUCCAUUUCAUCGACUCCUCCACCUCCACAACUUCAACAACAACAGCCAAUAUCAGUACCAAUACCCUUGCCAGGUUCUCCUCCAGCCACCGGGUCUCAUCAAUUUCAAGGAUUACAAGCUUCCGAUUCUAGUACCAGUCAGACCAGAUACGUCUUCCUCGCUGGGAACGAACCACCGAAUCUGCGCGCCUCUCUUCCGACCGAGGCUUUUUUUCAUACAGCUUCCAGUCCUCCUCAACUUCACCAAGCCUCAUCGUUGGUACAUUCACAUCUGCAGCAGACACAUCAAACACAGGCGCACCAAUAUAAUCAUCCACAAAUGCCGCUUGGUCAUCAACAACAGCAGCUCAUCUCCCAACAACAAGACCAUCAAUCACAGCAACAGCAUCUUCAGCGACGUUCUGUGGCCUUUCAUCAGAGCCUCGGCCAGCAAAGCCAAUUUUCUCCUGUUAUUUAUCAUACUGACUUCCAAACAGGCCAAUCACAACUGCACUCAAUUCGCCUGCAACCGCAGCAACAGCACCAGGUGAUCCACCAACUGAACCAACACCCUUUGUCUCAUCAACUCGUUGCAUCUGCUUCUGUUGGUGCCUCUGGCGGGGUUACUGGAGGUAGUGGUAUUAUUAAUUCUGCGAGUGUUGCUGAUGUGGCCCCUGUGACCAACCACUUUUUAUCUCCCUAG